GAACUUGAAGAGAAAUACAAACUUGUUUGCAGCCACUGGGGCGCCCAGUGAAGGACGAGCACGCGCAUUCAGACAUGACAAAUCCACUGGAAAAGUUUGUGGCCCAGAAGAAAGAGGCAAUUGAGGCAGUGAUGGAUAUGUUGGAGAAGGGGGCUGAAGUGCUGGCCAGCACUGUGGGGGAGAUGUUUCCUCUUUGCGAGGCUGCUGCUCCAGUUCUUCGCCUCGCCUUAGACAAUGUUCAAAGCAAAGAGGUCUUUUUUGUCAAGAAACAAUUUGUAACAGUGAGGAGCAAACUGGACAUGCUCUCCACCCAGCUGGAAGAAAUUGAUUGCGAGAUCAAAAAGGGCCAACUUGAUUCACAGUAUUUUUCUGUUGAGGAGAAUAUAAGGAACCAGUUUCGGAAGUACCUGGACAUCCUGGAAGCAAAACCAGAAUUCCGAGAGGUGAAGACCAGGCUUUUCCUGGAGCACUUUACCAAAACUGGAGGAGAGAAGAACCUGUUUGUGCUGUAUGAUGCUCUGAUGGGCACUAACAGCUUUGGAGAAUCAGUUCUAGAUGUGGUAGAAAGGUAUGUUGCAAGGAACCGCCGCCUUCUAGAAGACUUCUGUGUGCGGAUGAAGGAGCUCUUCUGCUUGGGUUUGAUUGCCCUUUUAGGCCACUGUGCCCUUACCCAAACCCCAGAUGAAGAAAAGGACAAAAUACAGAACUGGAGCAGCAAAAUUGAAGAAGUAGAGUCUAAGAUGAAGGCAACCAUCGAGUCAUGUGUAGCUGCCUUUCCUGAGCAAGCCAAAUUAGACUCCCAGCACUUCCUGCAAGAAACUGAAGACCAGAACCUGCAAGAUACAACUAAACAGCUUAUAGAGUUCUUAACCAAAAAGUAUGAUUGGGUCAGCUGGUCAGUGAGGCUCAUCAACCAUUCAGGAAGCACUUACAGAAACUGGCGAGCAGGUGAGCACUUUCAUCAUGUGGCCGGACAAAACUGGUUUGAGGUACUGCAGGUGAACAACAUCAACCUGGUAGUGUCCUAUAGCACCAAACCUCAGCCGGUACCACGAGACUCCAUUCAGCAGGUGAUGGAGAGCCAGGCAAAGAAGGGAAAUGCUCCAGCAGUGGUGGAGGUCCUGGAGAAGCAGCUGAGUGGCUUUGUAGUUCAUGCUGUCAGUCGUCACAAGGAGAGUGCAGCCGCGUGGAGCUUUCCAGAAGAAUGUCACUACUGGGAGAGACACAAGAACGUGGCAGUUUGCGUGCACUCGGAGUAACAUAUACAGAAUAGUGCAUCAUCUGAUAAUAUUCAACUGUUAAAGGUAGCCAAGAAUUUCAGUCUAUUAAAUUAUAAUGCAGGUCCACCUUGGAUCUGCUGUGCCGACCCUAACUGAAAACAAGGGAGCAGCCGAAGGGACUUAUUUUUUAUUGUGCUUUCAUUCACAUUACACUUUGUGCACCUUUAACAGAUAUUUGUUUUUAUGAGCAUUUUAUGAUUUUAAUUAUGAAUGAAUAGGAAAUCUGAACAUUUAAAGAUGGAUCAUAAUCUCUGUGUAAUUAACAAUUUUACUUACAGUCCGUGGUGUAAGUACUGGGACAACAAAGCCAGUUCAUUUGUUUUUGUUGCAAGCUGAAGACAUUUGUCCUUGAAAUCAAAAUAUGAAUAUGAGACCAUUUAGAAUCUCUGAUUUCAUCAAACAAUUUAGACCAUGUCAUCUUCUAUGUCAGACCAUGGAAUUUUACUAAAUUAUUGGAACAUGGGAUUGACAGGUGUUUCUUGUGACCGAGGUGUGUUCAUUCAAAUGGCUUAAACAUUAAAUAGCUUUAAAUAUCUGAAUAGCUUUGGUUUUUGGUUGAUGAAGAUAAAUCUACCAGUCACUGCAUAAACAUUAGGUAGCCGAUGCAAUUCAAUUUCAUUUAUUUGUACAGCUCCAAAGCCCAAUAUAAGUUCCCCCAAGGCGCUUCACAAGAGUAAGGUCUAACCUUCUCAACCAAGUAGCAUCACAUCCAGACAAUUUGGAAUGUUAUGAAAAUGAACAUAACCAUUGGAGUGUACUGAACAACAGACACUGAAUGGGUCAAAAGCCA